UGGAGUAAAAACACACAUACACACACACACACACACGUCUGGCAUAAUGCUGUCGCCGGCUCACCGCCUGGGUGUGUGGUGCCUGACGGGUUGCGUGGCGGUCUUCUCCGUGUUCUUCCACAUGUUCAUCCUGCUGCAGAGUGUCAGCCACGCACGCAGCACCCACCACUGGACGCCGUGUGAGGUCAUCACGAGCGCGCUGGCGCUCCAGAGCAUCCUGCAGCAGGCCCUCGCUCUGCUCUGGAUGAGCCUGGACCUGAUGGACCCGCAGUGCAUUCUGGGCCAGGCGCACCCGCUGCUGGUGGUGCUGGUGCUCAGCCUGCGCUUCUCCGUGCUGUGGAACACCGCCUUCCUGCUGUUCUACUUCGCCACCAAGCUGGUGAUGGAGCCGGUGCACUGCUACACCCGCGCCCAGGAGCUGGUGCUGCGCCACGUGCGGCCCACCGUGCUGCUCAUCCCCGUCUGCGGCCUGGCCCUCUGCUGCCCCAUGCUGGCCAGCAUGGCCACCCGCAGCCACAACGCCACCUGGGUGACGGAGUGCGGCUCGGUGCUGUCGGUGGACGUGUCCGGCUACACGUACGUGGUGCUGUACCUGAUCAUCUGCGAUGUGCUGCCCGGGGUCAUCAUGCUGAAGAGCAGCGUCUCCAUCUCCGUGCACCUGCUGCUCCACCUGCGCCACCUGAAGUCCAGCACCAACGGCUUCCACGGGCCCAAGCUGGGCGCGGAGGUGCGUGUGAUCCGCAUGAGCCUGGCACUGGCCUUUACCUACCUGCUCUUCCUGGCGGCCGAGCUCUACACCCACUACCUGAUCUUGCAGCAGCAGAACGUGCUGGUCAUCAUCGUCCUCCUCUCCUCACUCUCCUUGGCCGUCUGCGGACUCGUGCUCAUCUACGGCAAGAAGAGCCACUGGAAGGAGCUGCUGCACCUCUACAACCUCACGCUGGACAGGUACCCCUGCCUCACCUGUCUGGAGGCACCUGAGAAGAAACCAGACACCAGCGGGGCUACUUCUCAUUAAGGCUCCCACCCAAACCCCACAAAUAUUUACCAUAUUGUGACAAGGACAUGUCAUUACACUGUUACCUGUGCAUGAUGUCAUCACACUGUUACUUCUACAUGAUGUUAGAGACUCCAGUGAAAGUUGCGGGAGGUCUGUCUCUGUAGCUCUGCUGAAUACUGGCUCAAAACCUGACGUUUCUUCCUUCACUUUAAGCAGCCCUUUCUUAACUGUGUCUGAAAUAUAGCAUCGUCAUAUUGUUGAAGCAUUUCUCAUAAUCAGAACAGAAUCAAAAUCAUCAUAAUGUCAUUUUUAUCAAUGACAUUAAAGGGAAACUUGGCAGGAUUUCCCCCUCUGCUGGAGAAAUUGUGCAUUAUGCUAUUUCAAACUGUGG